AGCCAGAGAGAAGAGGGUCCAAGGGUCCAGGUGACAAGUGACACACAGGCGGCCAUGAUGGAGGUGUAUGAGUGCAUCGUGGUGGGCGCCGGCGUGCAAGGAUCCUUCACUGCUUACCAGCUGGCCAAAAGGAAGAAGAAAUGUCUUCUUCUUGAGCAGUUCACUCUACCUCACACCAGAGGAAGCUCCCACGGUCAAAGCCGCAUCAUCCGCAAGGCGUACCAGCAGGACUUUUACACUCACAUGAUGGCCGAGGGAUAUGAGAUGUGGGCCGAGCUGGAGAGGGAGGCUGGAGUCACGCUCUUCAGGCGAACAGGACUUCUGGUGAUGGGACCCGAGAAGAGUGAGAGCUACACUGGCUUUAAGGACAGCUUGGAGAAGAACAAAGUUCCUAUGGUGGUCCUGACUCCAGAGAACUUCCAGCAACACAUCCCUAAUGUCAUCCUGGCUGAGGGCGAUGGUGCCUUUGUGGACACCACAGCUGGAGUCUUGUAUGCAGACCGGGCACUCAAGGCCGUGCAGGGCCAGUUUGAGAAGUUGGGUGGUGUCCUCAAAGACCAGGAGAAGGUGACAGACAUCAAGCCCGGCCCCAUGGUGACUGUGACCACGUCUGCUGGUGUUUAUCAAGCCAAGAGUGUGGUCAUUACUGCUGGACCUUGGGCUAACAGAGUGCUGCUCCACACUGGCAUACAGCUUCCACUUCAGGUUAUUAAAAUUAAUGUUUGCUAUUGGCAAGAAAAGAUACAGGACACAUACCAUGUGAAGAAACGCUUCCCGUGCUUCUUGCUGUCCGAGGGAGAGGAGAACAAAGACCACAUCUACGGACUGCCUUCCAAUGAAUACCCCGGUCUGAUGAAGAUGCCAGCAAAUGUUCAUGACUUGCCCGAAGCACUUGACCCAGCUAUCGAAAAAGGAAAGGUCCGCCACAUGGAACACCAGCAGGCUCGGAAAGUCUGGACCAUCAUGUGCAGAAGAAGAAGAAGAAGAAGAAAGAAGCCCAGAAGUGACCCGCAUUCAGACCAAAGUCCGGCAACUGAUCUAAGAAGCCCUGAGUCUGGGGGCUGA